GUCGAUUUUGUUUAACCUUAUCUCGCCAAUGAUGUCGUGGCUUAUUCUCCACUACAAGAAAAAUGAUGAAUACCCGCCCGAUUUAGCGUCCCACAUUACUGGCAAAUUUAUUAACAGUUUUUGUGUGAAAUUCGUCGGGUCAAGUAAUUACCAGUGGAUUUAUGCUUCUGACAGUAAAUGUGUUGGUAAUAAUGAAAAAAAUGGAAAAAAUAGAUUCAAAGCAGAACUUUUGCUUUCUGGCAAUUGGUACACCUGAAGAGAGAAGAAUAUGGAUUUACCAGGCACGGAGGCUAACUUCUCUCGGUUUCUCCAUUCUUUCAGAGUUCAGUGAAUGCAUUUCAGGUGCUCAGAAUUUAAAUAUUGUGACAUCACUUGUAAUGCGUCUCUUGGUCAUGUUUACUGAUCCAAAAGGAUGGAAAGGCAUUGUUGAUGACAAUCGUCAAGAUGCAGAUUUAGCAUUAGCAGCGAAGGAUUUAAUUCAGUUCAUCGUUAGCAAUAAAAGUGGUAGGCUAGAUAUAUAACUGCACUUGAUAAUUAUUCUUGCCAGACAAAAAAUAUCAUCCCGGCAGAUGAACUUUUUUUUAUUACUGCAAGUGCGAUCAUUUUAGCCGUGCGUCCAUUUUAUCUGACAAAU